CUUAAAAUGCGUAUGCUUUGGUUGCUUGCCACGCUUGUGGCUUUUACAAGUGCUGGAAUCCUUAAGGACUCUCCUAAGGAGCGUUAUGAUAACUUUAGGGUAUACAAGUUGACAAUUCAAAAUAAGUUUCAGUUAGCGGCUAUCGAAAAAAUAAGCCAGCUGACAAAGAAGUACAAUGUCUGGAAGGAGUAUGACGAACGCUCCAGACAAAUGGAUGUAAUGGUUAGUCCUGGGGAGCUGAAGCACUUCCAGGAGCUUCUAAAGUUCAAUAACAUCACCAGUGAGCUUAUGAUCGAAAACGUCCAAGAGCGUAUCGACGAGGAGCAAGUCACCGCUACUGCAGAUAGCGCCACCUUUGGCUGGACGAAGUAUUAUGAGCUGGAGGAGAUUGAGGCCUGGCUGGACGGAAUUCUGGCAGCGUAUCCCUCGGUGACCGAGGAGUUCAUUGUGGGCAAGUCCUACGAGGGGCGCACCAUUCGUGGCAUCAAGAUCUCCCAUAAGGCCGGCAAUCCAGUCAUCUUCAUCGAGUCCAACAUCCACGCCAGAGAGUGGAUUACUUCGGCCAGUGCCACGUGGUUCAUCAAUCAGCUCUUGACCUCAGAAGACGCCGAUGUCCGGAAUCUGGCCGACAACUAUGACUGGCACAUAAUACCCGUCUUUAACGUGGAUGGGUUUGAGUACUCGCACAAGAAGGAUCGUAUGUGGCGCAAGACACGUCAGCCACAUGCCACCAACGCCUGCAUAGGAGCUGAUGCCAACCGGAACUUCGACUCCCAUUGGCUGGAGAACGAAGGAGCAUCUUCGAAUCCCUGCAGCGAGACUUUUGCUGGGGAUACGCCCUUAUCUGAGCCAGAAGCCAAGGCGCUGGCUGAGUACCUCACCAACAACAAGGAUCAAAUCAGUGUGUACAUAUCCUUCCACUCAUAUGGACAAUACCUUCUUUCCCCCUACGGACAUACCAAAGCCGAGUUCCCCGAGAACUAUGCCGAUAUUCUGGCCAUUGGCAAGGAGUUUGCCGAUGCCAUCGAAGCACUGCCUUACGGCACUGUCUAUCAAUAUGGAUCCACGGCAGAUGUGCUAUAUGUGGCCACUGGCACCUCAGUGGACUGGGUGUUCAACGAACUGGGCGUGCAGAUUGGCUACACAAUCGAGUAUCGAGACAAGGGACGCUAUGGAUUCAUCCUGCCCCCCGUUCAGAUCAUACCUAACUGUGAGGAGCUGAUGGUUGGAAUGCUGGCUUUGAUUGAAAAGACCAAGGAGUUGGGAUACUUGUAGGAACACGUUUUAUUUUGGUAACGAGCAGGUCGCCUACUGAUGUUCAUUAAAAUACCUCACGUAUGAGGCCAGCAA